GACACAUACACAAAGACCCACAAGCAGAAAAGGAAAAAAGAAAAAAAAAAUAGGUAGACCUUGCUUUAAGCCCGGAAAGCCCUAUAAACCAUGUGAGACAUGCCAGCCUGAACGGACCGACCCCUAUGGAAAGCCAGCCAUAGACUACUUCACAUAUGACUAAACACACAGUCGCGCAGGGAGCUACAGGAAGUGUCUGACAGCGACGGCUACACGGAAAAGACAAUGGGAGUAGAAGUCGAGACCUUAAAGCCGGGAGACGGAAAGACUUUUCCGCAGAAAGGGCAUGAUGUUACCGUGCACUACGUCGGCACGCUGACAAAUGGAAAAAAGUUUGACUCGUCCAGGGACCGGGGAGAUCCCUUCAAAUUCAGGCUUGGAGAGGGUCAAGUAAUUCGUGGUUGGGAUGAAGGUGUAGCUCAGAUGAGCCUUGGUCAGGUGGCCAAGUUGACCUGCUCGCCGGACUACGCGUAUGGCAGCAGAGGAUACCCACCCAUCAUCCCAGCGAAUUCCACUCUCGUCUUUGAAGUGGAGCUUCUGAAAUGCUGAGUGUUUUAAGAUGGUUGCUCUUUGGAAUUUUUUUCAUUCCACCCACAUGUCUGAUGCAAAUAACUGUUUAAUUAAAGGUGCUGUCAUUAGCAUUUCUAUACAUGGAUAAAUCAUUAUAGAAAUUUUGAUAUCCUGGUAUAAUUGGGACAAAUGACAAACAAAUGAGACCAUUCUAAUGCCAUUGGUAUUGUUGGUGCUAAGAUGACAAUCUUAAAGGACCUUAAAAGAAUAGUAUGACAUGGGAAAAAUGCUUACUCGCUUUCUUGCAGAGAGUUACAUGAGAAGAUCAGUAACACUCUAAAAUCAGCUUACCAGCUCCUCUAAAGCUAAAUCAUUAACACACAGUAUCAUGUUUGCGUAAUCUGUCCAAAAACUGCAGUGGUUUUAAGGGGGUAAUGUGCCGGACUAUUUCUUGACUGGGUGCAGUAACAGACAGAGCCAGGCUAGCUGUUUCCAGUCUUUGUGCUACAGCGAGCUCAAGUAACCAGCUGCUGUCUGUAUCUUCAUAUUUACCAAACAGACAUGUUGGCUAUCUCAUCUUAUCGUCUAACUCUUGGCAAGAAAUCGUCCCU